GGGCCCGGCCCCGAGACCACGGCUGCGGUUCCCGGCGGGGCCCUUUCCCCGCAGCACCGCCCGCCUCCGCUGCUCCGCCGGCGCCGGGCCAGGUCAGUGCCGGGCCAGCUCAGUGCUGGGGCCAGAAAUGGCCCUUCCUCUGUGGAAGAAUGCACUUCAGACUACAAAGAAAAUGAUACUACAACAGAGAAGGUUGUCACUGUAUAAUAGUGCUCAUGGCUACGAGGAAGARUUGAUAAAGAAGAAACUUCAGCAGUUUGCUGGUGGAUCCAUCAACCUUUCCAAAGAAAAUGGCAUUGGAAUACUUACUUUGAAUAACCCGAAGCUAAUGAAUGCCUUUACAGGUACUAUGAUGGUAGAACUCCAGGAGAGGGUAACUGAACUAGAAAACUGGAAGGAUGGCAAAGGCCUUAUCAUCCAUGGUGCAGGAAAUACCUUUUGCUCAGGAUCUGAUUUGAAUGCUGUCAAAGAAAUAUCUAACUCCCAGGAUGGUAUGAAUAUGUGCAUGUUUAUGCAAAACACCUUAACCAGACUUAUGAGGUUGCCUUUGAUCAGUGUUGCACUAGUCCAAGGAAAAGCUUUUGGAGGAGGAGCAGAACUUACCACAGCAUGUGAUUUCAGGUUGAUGACACCUGGAAGUGAAAUCCGGUUUGUCCACAAGUCCAUGGGCCUGGUGCCAGGCUGGGGAGGAGCUGCUCGGCUGGUGCGGAUCGUGGGCAGCGGGGCAGCUCUGCAGCUGCUGGGCGGGGCUGCCCGGGUGGACCCCGAGAGAGCGCUGCGCCUGGGCCUCUCCGACCAGACGCUGCCGUCCUCAGAUGAAACCAGAGCAYUGGGAGAAGCCCGAGCCUGGCUGAGUCAGUACACGGACGCUCCAGCCACUGUGAGUCGGGCUGUGAAAAACGUGGUGACAGCAGGAAGAGAGCUCCCACUGGAAGCUGCCCUAAGAACAGAGAAGGACAUUUUCGGAACUGUAUGGGGUGGGCCUGCCAAUUUGCAGGCACUGGUUAGAAGACCAAAACAUAAAUGAUGGUUUAGGCAUAAGAUAUGGUCUUGACCUUUUUGCAAAAAAAAAAAAAGCUUUCACUAAAGCAGCCAUUAAAUGGAAUAAUUGAAGGACUUGUCCAUUUUAAAUGGCAUUAACUUUCCUGCCAUUUAGGUCAGGCAGGCAUAUUUGGUAUGCAACCACAGAGUAAUCCCAGACAGAUUCUCUACUGCCCUAAUCACCCACUGAAUGGAGAUUAGUGAAAUCUAUAUGUAAAGGUAAAUACUGUGUUGAAAAUAGAACUAUAUUUCAUUUGGAACGAGGCUGAAGAUUAUUUAAUUUUAUGUUAGUUUGUUUUUUUUUAUCUGGUAUGGAAAUUAAUUACUUGAAAAUUAGGAGGUUAAUCUAUUUGCAGAACAGAUGCACCUAAAGCUGCAAAAUAURAGUUCCCCAACAUACGACCAGUAUCUUUAAGCAGCUUGGAAGAGAUGAUAAUUAGUGAGAAGGUAGUUUUUAUUUUUUAAUCUCUAGUUAGCUCCUUGUACAAAUGCUGAGAAAGUAUCCUUGGAUGCUUCAAUUUUAAUGGUGCUUUCACAGGAGAAGCUUUAAGUUAGUGAGAAGCUUCUAGCACUCAUUCACUGACACUGAUUCAGGUUUUUACAUAAAUUUUGGUGUCUUCUCACUGCUCAAGGAAUCAACUAUCUACAUAUGCAUCUGCACAUUCUCAUACCCAGUACCUGUGCAAAGCUGCUGACCUGGUUCUGUACACAGAAUCUAGUUGAAAUCUUGGAAGGCCYUGGUGUAUCAUGCCCCAAAAUGGCUUGUCCUUAAAUGACUGGGURAUGUGAAUACUUCAGCAUUCUGGUAAGAUGUAUGUGGAUAUGUCUAUGUCUUUCUUCGAUGCGUUUUUACUGGUAGGGUAUAUUUGGGCUGACAAGUAGAUUUGGAACUCAGUCUCCAUGCUAGUGACUAUGCAAAUUAUUGGAUAACUCAGUGGGGAAAAUUCUCCCUGUAGAAAUUAGAAGCUGACACAGAGUGCCUACUUUAAAAAAAAAAAAAAAAAAUCAGUGAGAGCAAAACCAUAGAGACAUAUCUGUGACUAAGUUUCUUGUACUGUUGGUUAGGAUGUACUUGUUGCUAAAUCCAGCAGGGAUUGAGAUCUGAGCCAAGGACCUAAGUACUCUGUGGGGGCAUGUUAAGAAGGAAGCUCUGGGCUGUGUGCCACUGACGUGCAUUCUUGCUCUGACCAGGCAUAACUAGCUCUAGUUCAUGGAACAAGCUCCCUUAAGAAAAGAAGGCAGUAUCUUGGAUGGAAAUCCACGUUACAGUUUCUAGAGUGUGGCAGGAUUCCUGAGCUUUAGACAGCAAGGUAACUACAUAUGUUUGAGGAUUUGGGGAAAAAUCCAUGUUGGGAAUCAGGCUUGAAUUGCCUGUUAAGAUUCUGCAGGUUUCAAACAGAUUCUGUGAUCUGCUGGGGAUGUUUUACUGUAUGAUUUUCACAGCAWUGAAUAUAGCCUGAAGCAACCAAGAGAAUGGUGAAGGAAGGGAUGUGUUUUGAGUUGGUGCCUCAGAGAAGAUAAGGAGCUUACCUGCAUGCUAUUGAUCCUGCACCUUUGCUUUAAUAUCUGAAGCACUAAUGGAGGAAAAUUUCAGAUCUCUCGCCCCAAAAAUAAAGUUCAAUCUUUACUUUCAGGUUAGAGAASAGAUAGGAAUGAAAACAUGGGGAGAGAGUAGUGUUUUCAUUUGUGCCUUUUCCCCCACUGCCCCUUUUUAUCCAGUAGCCCAGUUGUUACUUCUAUGUGUAGCUGGAUUCUUUCCCAUGCCCUAAAGAAUUUCAAACCCAUUAUUUCAGAAUAGUAUAGUUAGGCAGCACUUGACRGGUUUAAUAAUGAAGCUGUUCUGCUUUUCAUGAAGUUUCUCAGGACUCAUGAGGGAUUCCAGAUUCCAGCAUCACUGAACUUUCAGGGCACACUCCAGUACCCAUCCAGCUUUUUGAAGCAAUAGCACAUCACGUUGUGAGUGAAAAAAAAAAAAAAAAGUGUUUUAAAGGGCAACUGGUUGUCUUUGCUUUUAGCAAGAAUGAAUGUGCCAUUACUAAUACUGUAAUUAUGUUUUUAAAAUUGGUGUGAAAAUUGCUUAGAAGCUGAGCAAGACCCUUGAAUCUUUUUUUCUUUAGUGUAUUCAGCUCCUAAGUGUAUUCUGUGUACUGGGUGAUAGAAAUUUGAUAGGGAGGAAAUUAUAGGACAAAGACAGAAUCUGGUUUCUUUCACAUUUUGAACCAGAUCUGUGCUGGUAGUAAGUGAAUGGUAUGUACACCUGUGGGGGAUCUCUUUCCAUUWUGAUUUACAGACAAUGAGCUUACUUCUCAUUUCUGCAGAUGUUUCCCCAGCCACCCUCUCUGAUUUGUAUGAAAGGCCAGUGUUUGCUUCUAAGAAAACAGGACCAAUAAUUAACUAGUACAGAGCAAGACACAUUCAGAACAGUUUCAGAAAGGGUUAUGGAAACCCAUUUUGUUGGUAUCAUAAAUAUAGCAUAGGUACAGGAUAUUCUGAAGAUCAUUACAGAUUUUGAUAAAGGAUUCUGUGAGUAGUCUAAUACCAUAUUCUCAGAUUUCUUUUAAAAGGAAGUAGAAUCCUUCACACAAAAACCAACCCAACUAAAUUACCAUGAGUGCUAAGAUGGGAGUUCCAGGCUGAGAUGAAAUGGAAUCCCAUUUUAGCCAUUUGAAAGCUAAAUGCUUUAUUUCACAGAAUACUUUCUUACCACCUUAAAGCAACAAAUACUUUUAACCCGCAGUUGAUAAGUGUUUUUAUUUUCUUUACAAUUAUUAAGAUGUCAAGUUUCAUCUCAA